UCACAUACACCCAUGAUUACAUACACCCAAGUAUAAGGUCCAAAGUUGGAGUGGUGGAGAUUUUCAAACAAAUGAUUGUGUUUUGUCACUUCAUGUUGUUUUAUAACUUCCCUCCUGUGCUUUUUUCCUACUGAUAUAAUCAGUAGGAAAAAAAUAUCCCCCCCAACACACACACAAACUCACUAUUCUCAUUUUUUUAAUAGUAUGCGAGGGAAGAGAGGUUUCACAGCGCUUCUGACACACUGAGCGCUGUGGUUGCCUGAGUCUCUCCUCGGAAAGGAAACCUCAGCACUGGUCCACACUGAGGAAGUUGGGAAAAUCUACAAAUGGUCAAAAGCAGAAGGCCCAGAUCUGAUUGGAUGGUUUUGUCAGAAUGACAGCCGAAGAUCCUGCUUCCUCCUCAACCAUGAGCAACAACACUGCCCCCACCAAACCCUCCCAACCUGCUGGUGCCUCCCACCAGUCUCUUCAUGGACAGAUCAACACCCCUGAGGGAGUUGUGGGUGCAUCCAAUGAGCCUGCACUGCUAUCCCUGAUGGAGCGCACCGGCUACGGUAUGGUCCAGGAAAAUGGUCAGCGUAAAUAUGGCCCUCCUCCUGGUUGGAAUGCUGCAUCUCCUCCAAGGGGAUGUGAAAUCUUUGUGGGCAAGAUCCCACGGGACGUUUACGAGGAUGAGCUGGUGCCAGUGUUUGAGUCUGUCGGACGCAUCUAUGAGAUGCGGCUGAUGAUGGACUUUGACGGGAAGAACAGAGGGUAUGCAUUUGUGAUGUACACAGAGAAACAUGAGGCCAAGCGGGCGGUACGUGAGCUCAACAACUAUGAGGUGCGGCCUGGGCGACUGCUGGGGGUCUGCUCCUCUGUGGACAACUGCCGUCUUUUCAUUGGUGGCAUCCCCAAGAACAAAAAGCGGGAGGAGAUCCUGGAGGAGGUUUCCAAGGUGACAGAAGGGGUACUAGAUGUGAUAGUGUAUGCCAGUGCUGCAGACAAGAUGAAGAACAGAGGCUUCGCCUUUGUAGAAUAUGAAUCGCACCGUGCGGCUGCCAUGGCUCGCAGGAAGUUGAUGCCUGGACGUAUUCAGCUGUGGGGUCACCAAAUCGCAGUGGACUGGGCGGAGCCAGAGAUUGAUGUGGACGAAGACGUUAUGGAGACAGUGAAGAUCCUCUACGUCAGGAAUCUGAUGAUGGAGACCAGCGAGGAGACAAUCAGACAGGUGUUCAGCCAGUGGAAUCCUGGAUGUGUUGAACGUGUGAAGAAAAUCCGUGACUAUUCUUUUGUCCACUUUACCUCCCGGGACGAUGCUGUCAUAGCCAUGGACCACCUCAACGGCACAGAGGUGGAAGGGUCUUGCAUCGAGGUGACACUCGCCAAGCCAGUUGAUAAAGAGCAGUACUCGCGCCAAAAGGCCUCCAAAGGAGCACCUGCCACUCCAGAGCCUGCUCAACAGAACUACAUUUACCAGUGUGAUCCCUACACAUUGGCCUACUAUGGUUAUCCCUACAACACCCUCAUUGGACCCAACAGGGACUACUUCGUCAAAGGAUCCCCAAUGAUACAGAACAAUGCAGGUACUGUGCGAGGUCGUGGUCGUGCUGCUGCAGGUAACCGUACCCCUGGACCACGGGGGUCGUACCUGGGGGGUUACUCUGCCGGUCGUGGCAUCUACAGCCGCUACCAUGAGGGCAAGGCCAAGCAGCUCGAAAAGCCCUAUGAGUUGAUGCCCAGUCUGGAACUUGCAGCCUCCGUCAACUCUGUUGGCAUCAAACAUGGCACAAUGACGCUGGGCGGGCAGUACCCGGUGUUCAGCACGGCUCCUGCAGGCAAGCUGAUGGAGGAGGGCAAGGUGCACACGGUGGAGCACCUCCUCAACCCUCUGGCCAUGCAACACGCUGACCACACCACCGCUUCUGCUAAUGGCACCGUCCUACCGGCGGACUCUACCCCACCACCUUUCCAGUCCUCUUUUUUCUGCAUUCCCCAGGGCCGUCCUAUCACUCCGGUCUACGCCAUGGCCCACAACGUACAGCGCAUCCCGACGGCCGGCGGCCUGUACGGAGCUGGAUACGUCCCCAUCACAAACUACGCGGCCAACUCAGCGGCUAUAGCCGCCCUGCAGAAGAACGCGGCGGUUGCGGCUGCGGCGUAUGGCGGCUACGCGGGCUACGCGGGCUACGCCAUGCCACAGGCCUUCCCCGCCGCGGCCUUCCAGCUGCCCAUCCACGAUGUCUACCAGACAUAUUGAUUCUGGGGGUCAGACCUUGUGAAACAACGACAAAGUUUCCUUCUGACUGAACCGCCCCCCCCCCCCCCCCCACCACCACAGAAACACCACUUAAACAUUCAAAAGCUCUAAAGGAAUGUUGUUUAAAGCAAAUAUAUGACUAUGCAGCAUCACUGUUUCAGAACACACAUGGAGAGGACAGUCCACUUCCUGGGUCAAGCCUACCUGUAUGUGGUGACCACCAUUCCCCGACAAUAAUAACUUGUCUCUCUCUCUCUCUUUCUCUGUGUCUCUGACCCCUGCCACCGUGUUGCUAUGGCAACAGAAACACUGAAGGUACAGUCAAGUAUUUAUGAUGAGAGGAUAAAUGAAGGUUUGACUGUGGGUUUCUCUCAUUAACAGAGAGAGGUUUGCAGCAGGAAAGAUAAACACUCACACUGUCUACAUCUUUAGAGGUGGGGGUGAAAAUAAACUAAAGUUAUUUGAAAGAAAGUAUAAUUACAACAGGAACUAUUGACAGGCAAGGAUACCACUGAAGACAUGUGUUUGGAUAUACCAAUGUUUUAUUUUCAUUAUUAUAGAGUAUUUUAGACAAGUCUAGGUAGGUGAGGCAGUCCGUCCAUGUUGGUUAAAUGUGUAAGCUUCGAACAUGCCUGUUUGGUACUUUUUUGUGUUGGUUUAUGUAGUUUUAUUUGUGUUAUUCUUGUUUUAAAUGAAGGUUUCUUAAUGCCGUGCUCAUUCGCUUAUGAUAAAUCGUUUAGUUUUUGUGUCUGCGCUUCCUCUUUCCCUUCCGGAAACAUAUUCUGGGUUUUAUCUGAAGAAAAAGUCGCCACACGAAGAAUAUCAUUUUUGUGGCAGACUUCCUUCGGAACGAAUGCGAGAGAAAGAAUUGCCGAGAUGUUUUGAUCCGGAAGCCCGAUGGACGGCACCACCGCCGACGGGGGACUGAACACAUGUCCUGUAUUUUCUCUCAUUUCAUGUCUUUAUUAUCGUGUUUUUUACUCUUUUAAGGUGAACAAACGUGCAUAGAAAUGAGAGACACUUUUCUCCGUGGACCAGAACACUCUGCCGCUUAAAGUGCUCCUGUAUUUUGGCUCCAUACACUCCUGUAAGACUCUCUGUGCCUAAUUGCGGUGCCUUCCAUCUGCACACUGUACCUUGUGCUUUCUCCUGUGCCUUUCAUAGAGACGUGAAGCCCACUGCGGUUGGCACAAAGAGAAAUGCUUUUCUCCUUCCUCGUGCCUGGGUGAGGUUUCUAGGCCUUCGCGGUCCCCCUCUUCUCUGAGGUGACGCGCCGUACGUCUGGCCUCCUCAUCGUUUUCCGUCAUCCAAAAUGUGCUUGACUUAGGUGCACUUAAACAUAUUUAUAAAAUGCAAGAGAUUGUGACUACCAGAUGAAGAAAUGUUAAAUACUGAGCACAAAUUUGCGCAUAAACUGGGCCAGUUUGGCGUUUGUCACUUACUCACAGUAUGUGACGGAGGUGUUUCCUCGCGGAUUUUUUAUUAUUAUGCCGUGUGUUGAAAACAAGUGAGCUGUUGGACCGGAGCACGCGUUUGAUAAAAAACGACAAGCGUAACGGAGGCGAGCAGCUGCCCACCACGACCGCCAUCUUUAUGAAAGAGAUGCAACACUUUUGUAUCCUAGAUUGUAUUUUUAAACCACUUUGUGGAAGUUGUUUUUAACUCUCUGCGGCCUAUUUUGUUUGCUCGCUUUCCAUCUCCUCCACAGAGUGUUGACUACUUUAAAAAAACAAAAAAACAUUAUGCGUCUGUCUUUGAGAAUUUUUCCUGCAUCGUGACAAAGAUUCAUGUCCGAGUCACUAAAUGAAGAUUUAUUUUCUACAGCAAGCGAGAUAUAUUAGUUUCAUCUCACUCCGUCGACUACUUUUUUGCGACUUCUCUCUCUAAAACUGGAUUUGUAUGUAGAAAAACAAACUGCUGACAACUGCUUUUAUUAUUUUCUUGUAUGAUGACAAUAAGUCAGGAUAUAUUUAAUAUAUAUGCAUUACGUGUUUUGUCUAUGAAGUGAGAAGAAAAGGUAUAAUAUAUUCUGAAACAUAUUUCCUUUCUUUAUCUACGCCUUGUUUAGGGAUACAAAAAUAAAAUUAAAAAAGUCAGAGUAACAGAAGUAGAGAAAAACCUUUAUUAUUUUUUGCCAAAGUGUCCAAUAGUUUGGAAAUUAUUCAAGGUUAUUGUGUUUUUGUCAUUGUGUGUCAUAUUGUUUGCUAUUUUGUACUAUAUUUGGUGUUAUAAGUGGGAACACGGAGGCCUUCUCGUUUAGCUACUUUUCUUUUUUAUUAUCAGUGUCAGUGAAAAACUUAAAACUGGCGUUGCCAUCCGCCGGCCCUUUGAGCCGUUGGCUGUUGCAGCUAAACCGGUAAAGGUCUGAUCACGAUUUAGUAGCCAUCCAAACUUCAUGGGUCUGCCUCCCACUCAGAACGCCCGCUUCUCUUUCUAUCGCCUGCAGUUCACCCACACGGCGGCCUCGGGGGGAACUCCUGCUGCUUUUUGGGUUGGACCUUAUAUGCCUAGUUUAACGUAGGUGUUGCCAUUUAAACUCUUCCUAGUGUGUGCCUUAUUGCCAUGAUGUGCCCUUUGCUAUACCUUUGUAGACCUAUGCAGACUGUUUUCUAUCUGAAGGUUUGUUUUCCAAAAAAUAAGGAGGAAAAAAAAGCUUGUUCUGUAUUGUUAUAUUUAUAGUGAUGAAGUAGAUAAAUAAAGCAUUUUCAAAAGGAUGCACUGCUUACA